AGGUGCGUCGCCUCCUCUCCCAACCCCACCACCCCCCGCUCGUGUGGGAAGGGAAGAGAGAAGGUGAGAGCCAAACGAAACGGAGGCGCCGCACCGCAGCCUCCUCCACCUCAUUGUCCCACCACCACCACCACCACAAAGUUUGCGUUGCGCCGAGCCGCGCCGCGCCGCGCCGUGCCGUGAGGCCCCUUCGAAAUCCUCCCACGCAACCGCCGCCCGCGUCCCUGCGCGCCGCGCGACAUCGCCCGCUGCCGGCCCCGGGCCGCCGAUCUCGCCUCGCCUCGCCCGGACGAGGAGGGAUGGGCGCGUGCGUGUCGCGGCCCAGCGCGUGCGUGGGGAAGCCCCACACGCCGCGGUCCGGGGAUGCCAGCGGCCGGGCGGGCGGCGGGGCGCGGCGCAGGCGCAGCCGCCGCGGGGGGAAGGCCCGGCGGAAGGCGCCCUCGCGCGCCGCGUCGAUGGAGACCAUCCAGGAGGCCGAGGUGUCCGGUUCGCCUCCCGGGGCCGCUGCCGCAGAUCACCGGACCUACAGCAACCCCGCGUUCCAAGUGUCCGGGAGCAUUGAGGAGGCAUGGUACGACUCCUUCGCGAUUAGCGAGUCGGAUGGCGAGGACGAUUUCCACAGCGUGCAAGAUGAUGCCUUUUCAUUGAAUGGCUUCGAGAAUGAAGCGGCAUUGAGCAUGAAAGAUGGCAACGGUGGGAGCUUCAAUGCAACUGCGCAAUCAGGUGAGCACCACCACCAUAGAAAACCAAAGUCCAGUGAGCUGUCAAAGGGGAGCUCGGAGAAUGGUGUGAGGUCCUCCGUGAGCCAUGAGGAUGUGGCGAGUGUUUCAGGUGAGGAUAGCGCGCAUGGCGGAGGCUGGAUUUUGGACGAUUGCGGGCUUCUCCCAAAUAAUUGUCUGCCUUGUAUUGCCUCUGCUGUUGGGGUAAACGAAAAGAAGAGAGCGCUCUCCUCGAGCCCGACUCAUUCAAUGAAGAUGCCUUCUUUGAAGCUCUCAUUCAAGAAGAAGUCUGGUGAAGCCCAUCCAUCUUCCACACUAUUAUCUACAAAAGAUUUCCUUGAAAGGCCUCUAGCAGGUUCGCAAGUACAGUUAUGUUCGCUGGAAACGAAAAUGCUCAACAGCUGGUCUCAUGUUGAUCCUGAAACAUUCCGAGUCCGUGGAGCAAACUAUUUUAGGGAUAAGAAAAAAGAGUUUGCUCCGAAUUAUGCUGCAUAUUAUCCAUUUGGAGUUGAUGUGUACCUAUCACCACAAAAAGUCAAUCAUAUAUCUCGAUUUGUUCAACUUCCUGACAUUCAACUCUCCAGCAAACUCCCACCUCUUUUGGUGGUCAAUGUACAGGUCCCAUUAUAUCCGGCUUCAUUAUUUCAGAAUGAAACCGAUGGGGAAGGGAUGAGCUUUGUUUUGUAUUUUAGGCUUUCUGAAGGUUACUCAAAAGAGCUUCCACCUUCAUUCAUAGAAAGUAUCAGAAGGUUGGUUGAUGAUCAUGUAGAGAAGAUAAAAGCAUUUCCAAUGGAAACAACUAUACCAUUUCGAGAACGGCUAAAGAUACUUGGCCGGGUGGCUAAUCUGGAGGAUCUUCCUUUGAGUGCAGCGGAGAGGAAGCUAAUGCACGCAUACAACGAGAAGCCUGUGCUUUCUAGACCACAGCAUGAAUUUUACUUGGGUGAUAACUACUUUGAGAUUGAUAUUGACAUGCACAGAUUUAGCUACAUCUCAAGGAAAGGUUUUCAAACAUUUUUGGACAGGCUGAAAGUAUGCAUUCUAGAUGUUGGGCUGACCAUUCAGGGAAAUAAAGCUGAAGAACUGCCUGAGCAGAUCUUAUGCUGUGUUAGGUUGAACGGGAUAGAUUACACAAAAUAUCAGCCGCUUAUGACGCAUGGCGCCUGAAAUCGAAGCUUACAAGAAAAAUAUCGGCCGCUUAUGACGCAUGGCGCCUGAAAUCGAAGCUUACAAGAACCAGCUAACCGUUAUUUGGAUACUGAGAGGUAACCAAAUCAGGCCAAGGUUUCUGGAGGUUUCAGACCAGGAGCCGCUGGCGACUCUCGCCACUGCUGUUCAAUCGCCAUCAAGCAUGUGACGUUGCGUACAAGUAACAUGAACAGGGGCAGGGGAGUUACCUGUACUCUGUUGGCUGGCCCCUUGGCUGCUAAUAUAGUCCCUUUUCACUGAGAAAUGAAAAGGAAAAAACAGAUUGCAGUACGUGUAAAUCUGUAUAUCGUUGCUGGAGAGCUCAGCUGUUGCUACUCAACAUUCUAGAUUUAGUAAAUAUCACUAAUUUUCCUAUGACUGAGUAGGUUUAGGACAAUGAAAAUUUAGUAAAUACCAGCUGUUUCAUUUA